GUUAGUAUUUCAAUGGCGAUCGAACUACUUUCGUAUGCGUCAGUGCGUCUGUUGUUUGUGCCAAGCCCAUUGCAGGAGAAAUUGUGUUCGUUGUUUUGUGUUGUAGGUACUUUCAUGGAUAUUCUGACAGUUUUGUAAGGUACUAGGGGGCCACUAUGCCGGAAGAAACCAAGGUGUCCACUGUUGCGGACCCUGAAGGGGUGGAAAAUGGUCCUGCUAGUUCUCCAUCACCUUCCAAGAAGAAGACGCCAGUCAGCAAAGGAAAGUUGGUCCUUGCCAGAGUGACUCUGCUAGACGGUUCAUUACUUGAUGUUAAUAUAGAGCGCAAGUCAAAAGGCCAGGAACUGCUAGAUAAAAUCUGCGAGCAUUUGAAUUUACUGGAAAGGGAUUACUUUGGUCUUACAUAUGAAGACCGACACGACCCUCGCAACUGGCUCGAGAUGGACAAACGUAUUGCCAAGUUUGUCAAAAAUGAACCAUGGAAGUUCAAUUUUGAAGUUAAGUUUUAUCCACCAGAUCCUGCUCAGCUUCAAGAAGAUAUUACUAGGUACCAACUGUGUUUGCAGAUUAGAAAUGAUAUUUUAAUGGGAAAACUUCCCUGUUCAUUCGUGACACAUGCACUGCUUGGCUCAUACCUUGUUCAGUCAGAAAUUGGUGACUAUGAUGCGGAAGAGCAUGGCCGCACUUACCUCAAAGACUUCCGGUUUGCUCCUAAUCAAACAUCGGAGCUGGAAGAAAAGGUCAUGGACCUUCACAGGACUCACAAGGGUCAAACACCAGCAGAAGCAGAACUUCAUUACCUUGAAAAUGCCAAGAAAUUGGCAAUGUAUGGUGUUGACUUACAUCCAGCAAAAGACUCUGAAGGUGUUGAUAUCAAAUUGGGUGUGUGUGCCUCUGGUUUACUUGUAUAUAGGGACAGGUUACGUAUUAAUAGGUUUGCAUGGCCAAAGAUAUUAAAGAUUUCAUAUAAGCGACAUAACUUCUAUAUCAAAAUUCGUCCUGGCGAAUUCGAGCAAUAUGAGUCUACAAUUGGCUUCAAGCUGGCAAACCACAGAGCAGCAAAGAAACUGUGGAAAGUUUCCGUGGAACAUCACACAUUCUUCAGGUUAAUGACACCUGAACCAACGCAGAAAACAGGACUCUUUCCUCGGUUUGGCUCAAAGUUUAGAUACUCGGGACGAACCCACUACGAGACAAAGAAGUCACUCAUCGAGCGACCUGCACCUCGCUUUGAACGUAGUCUGAGUGGGAGAGGUCUCACUUCACGAAGUAUGGAUGCUUUGGCUGGCCCCAGACAGACAGAAGAAGACUUCAACAAGAGGCAUACCAUGUCACAUCCUCCAGAACACAUUCCAGAUAUGGAACACAUUGAUGAGAAACCAAAACCAGUCAAAGACCUGAAGAAGAAAGAAGAAAAGCUCAAGGAGAAGUUGGUGCGCAAAUCAAGUACGGGCACAACAUCAGCCAGUUCAUCGAGCUCUAUGGAAGGGGAAUAUGAGGCACAGGGACAGGAAGAGGCUCAGCAGCAGGCAGAUGGCAGUGAAUCGGAAGGCCCGGGAGGCGAACCAAAACCAAAGAAACCUGUGGGUGGAGUAGCAGUACUACCACCUGGAGCAUUAAAUUUUGGAAAAUCCAAAAAGAAAGACAAAGAAAAGGAUAAAGAUGCUGAAAAGGAUCUUCAGGAGGAGAAGGAAAAUCGAAACGAGUUGAAUAAUGAAAAUGAAGCUGACUUGAUUAAUGAUGACUCUGUAAUCAAUACUUCAGCAGAGGAGAAGUCACCACUGGGGAAGAAGGACAAGAAGGAUAAGAAGGACAAAGACAAAAAAGAGAAGAAAGAAAAGAAGGAUAAAGAUAAAGAUAAGAAGGAAAAAGAUAAGGAAAAUGAGAAAAAAGAUAAGAAUAAGGAAAAGGAUAAAGAGAAAGAAAAGGACAAAGAUAAUAAGGAAAAGGAUAAAGCUAGAGAUAUAGAUACAGAUAUAGAUAAGGAGAAGGAGAAGGAAAAGAAGGAGAAGUCCAAAGUCAAGGCAGAAGGUAUGGAUGAUGGUCGUUCUCCAUAUGUAACAGCCACUGCGGUAACAACCAGGACAGCUACAACACAUGAAGACAAAGAGAAGAAUGCAAAGACUAGCCAGGUUGAAGAGAAGACUGUGGCAACAACGAUGACAACUAGUGCCACUCGGCAGGAGCAGCGAGUGGUAACUCAAGAAGUUCGUGCCACCUCUACUGUGCUUGCCAAUGACUCUCAGGUGUUUUCUAGACGCUCAAGUACUUCGAGCACAAGCUCAAACGACUCGGGAACUCCAAUUGACCUCCUUGAUGAGCCAUCCCUACCCCCUGGCGGUAGUGCUGGCCUGUUUUAUGCAAAUGGUGCAGUGGGUUACCAGCCUGGCAAUGGUGGACCACAGCCUAUUGUGCAGACAGAGAGCAUGGUAUAUAGUGACCCUUCAACUCUUGGGGACCCUGACCUACACAGCACAACACAGGUUCCAUUGGUUGCAACAGAGACCCGUAAGGUAGCACUGGAAUCAGAGGAUGGAGCAUAUAGUGCCACAGGAGAGAUUGUCAGUUCUCAAACCAUCAGCAGCAAGACACGUACUGUCGAGACAAUCACGUACAAGACGGAGCGUGAUGGUGUGGUUGAAACUCGAGUGGAGCAAAAAAUUACAAUUCAGUCAGAUGGUGAUCCAAUUGACCAUGACAGGGCAUUAGCUGAAGCAAUCCAAGAGGCCACAGCCAUGAAUCCUGACAUGACAGUGGAGAAAAUUGAGAUCCAGCAGCAAACAGCACCUCAGUGAAACCACUAGUGGUUGGAAGUUCAUCAUUCUCAUAAUCACAAUAAUGGUGUGAUAUGGUAAGUGACAAAUGUGUGUUUCAGAAUGAAACAUACUACAGAAGUGAUAUCAGAGUAUAAUACUGCUUCUGUUUAUAACAAAGCAAGACAGUAAUUUCAGUUUGCACAUUUCUUUAAAAGGAACAAGGCAACAUGGAGUUGAAUCAGUCAUCUAUGGCUGUUACUCUUCUGCUUGCAAUUUUAUGUUAUGUGCAUUUAAAAAUGCAUAUUUGUAAAUUAUGUUGUCAGGGUGGUAGCACAUGCACAUUUACAAGACAGAGGAUGGAAAUUGAUUACACUUUCAAUAUCGAUGUUGAAAAUAAAAUAUAUUUAUUUUAUUGCUGGUGUAUAUUAUAGCUACUAAUUGUAGGAAAGAGUUUAUUUUAAUACUUGUGAAAUUUUUGUGAAUGUGAAUUUCAUAAAGAGUACAAGUACUAGUAAUAAAUAGCUGGCAAGAAUGUGAAGAAAUUAUGGUGAAACCUGUUGUAACUGCUUCUCUACCUAUCCACAAAUGUUACUAAACAGCAAUGUUAUGUAGCAUUUUGCAAAAUGUAGUGUCUUAGCUCUUUCAGUUUUUAAGAAAUUUCCUUUUUUCAGUUUGUAAAAUUGCUUUCUGUGCAUUGUCUCUGCAUGUAAACCAUAGUUAUGUAAAGUGAAUGUUAAACUGGUAGUGGUUGUCCUAUAUGCUAUGUGUCUAUACAGGUUUCAUUAUAAUGCCACAUUAGAUAUAUUUUUCGUGUUACUGUUUAAAUUUUAUCAUGAGGACUUGUCUUCAAACAAUGCUGUUUGAUUUUUGUAUUCGGGUACAAAUUAAUUUGCCUGUGUUGUAAUUAGAAUACCUGUAUAAAUAUUUUGCAACUCAGAAAAGUAGGAAACAUCGGUAUUUAAACCUAAUCAUUUUCUUUCCUGAUUUAAUAUUCCUGCUAUAUGUGUAGAGAGGCAGCUUGAUAUUUUUUUGUGUAUAGACUUAAAAGUAAGUGAAUUUUUAAGUCAAUAAGGUACAUAUAUUAUGGUUGAAGGAUGAAAAUAAUAAUAAUAUAUAUAAAUAUAAAAUAUUUUUGUCUUUAAGAGAGUACACAAGCCAAAAAAAUUGGCUAAAAGGGGCAUUUAUUAAUAUAAAAAUGAAGGCUAGAUUUUUAUCAGAAUUCAUGAUAUGGUUAACAGUUGCUCAGUCAUUUCCAUCAUGAAUUUAGAUACAGAAUUUGGUGCUUUAUUUUCAUAUGCCUUAGAUACAAAGCUCUUUGAAGCCAAUAUCAGUUUGUGGGUGAUGUGAAUGAUGCAAACCAGAAAAACUAAGUUUCUUUUAUUUUAUGCAUACUGGGAUAUUUGCAAGCCUUGUGCUUUCAUUUACAUUUAAGGUAAUCUAAUAGUGGUUCAUGUCUGGUAAACAGUCUCUCACUCAAGUCAUUCACAUGGAGAGCACCUUCUUAAGAUUUCCCCUUGCACAUUUAAUGUGCAUUAAGGUCUGUUAAUGCUCGGAAGGAGGUUAGAAUUCCUAGAUUUAUGAUGAGAGCAGAAAGAAUGUUGGUGAAAGGUUCAAAUCAGGAAAGGGGUGAAUCACGCUAAAGCAUAACUGAUCAGAUCUUUAACAUGGACAUUGAGUUAUGUUGCUUUUUAUGGGCAAAGAUUUGACUGACAGUAGUCAACAUUUUGUGGCAGCUUGUUUAUAUUGUACUGAUAGCUAAAUAACCAAGUUUCAGGCAUUAUGUUGUCACUAUUCCGCUUUAAACCGGCAAAUGAAAAGCAGAUCAGAAAUGCGAUUAAAUACUUCAUAUAUCUUACUGAUAAAACACUAAAAUUUAUAGCAGACUAUCUAUACAGAUCACAAGUAUGUGUUCACAUUCCAUUGUUUUUGGAUAUUUUUUUUUCUGUUUGUGGUAGCCUUCAUUACCUGUAAAGAGGGAAUGGAAUUCAAGAACUUAUACUUUGUAGGUAUAUGAGUCAGGAAAUAUAUGACCAACCUCAUUUCAUUCAUGUCAAUUCAAAGGGUACCAACUGCUUAUAUGAACAGCUAAUUCUUUCAUUCAUUUCAUAAUAUAAGUUUAGUCUUGCUGUGUUGUGGCUAUAGAUGAAUAUUGGUAUGAAAGUUACCGUACAUAAAAUAAAUUCUGAGUCUUCAUGUUUCAGAAGGAUCAGACUAAGGCACUUUUAUUGUCUGAAUAUGCCAUUUCUUCUAUUACCAUCAUUCAGAUCAUCAUGAGUAUUUAAGGAGAAAUGCUUGCUUUACAUCUGGCUGUAGUAGUACUUCAUCGUUUAGUAAAGAAGAAGAAAAGGCAAAUGGUACAGUAGUUGAGUUGUAUUUUUUUAAAUAAUCUUUAUACUGUAAAUGUUUUAUCUGUAUCUGAGAUACUUUUACUUCCUUUCGUAUUAUUACUCUUAUUAAUAUUAGUUUUUAUAUAUAAAUAUAACAGUAUGACAUUUAGUUUAGGGAAAAAAAGUCUGUGCAUUGUGUUCUGUCUUAUUUUUAAUGUUGCACAAAAGCCUUGAUACAUGAUCCAAAUAUUGAUGUAUGUACAAGAUGACUGUUACCUAUGUAAUUUUAUGCAGUCUCGAGGUGUAAAGCUUUCUUCUAAUUAGUAAUUACAAUUUAUUUAGCUUCAAGUCAAUGAUAUAUGGAAGCUUCUAAUUUAAACUGGGCAGAAAUGACAGUAAUUUUUACAUAAUUAAUGUGUUCUAGACCGUUAAUAAAAUGAAUUUCAAUUUGGCUCACAUACAGUCAUAUAAAAUCAAACAAUUUAUUAUCUUCAGAGUUUCAUGUUCAGCCAAAAUGAAAUCUGCCUGAUACAUUUCUCCGUGCUAUAAAGUACUGCUUGACUUUGCUCUGUAAACCACCCAGCAUACUAUUUUAUACUGACUUCCAGCACUAAUGUAAAUGCAUUUAAUAGUUCAUUUAGAUAAAUUUAUUUUAUAUAUUAGCUGAACAAAUAGAUUUACUUAUUGUUUUACUAUUAAGUGUGUGCGGGUAACAAAUUUGUGCUUGGCUGUAAAAGGAAUACAUGAGGUGGUUGAUUACAUUAUUGUGUAUUAUAAUGACAUUAAUUGUAUUCAGACAGCUGCCUUUUGGUUUCUGCCUUUCAUUACAUAUGAAGUUUGUAAAAUUUGUUAGUUUACCCAAACAAGGUUUAAGCUGAUAUGUGGGUGUGACAAUAAAAUGGGGCUUACAUAUGAUGGCAGCUAUGGAUCAGUCAGGAUAUUUUUUGGCUGUUAAGUACGCUAAUAUGAGUUUCUUCUUGCAUGUUCUGCCCAUUCACCAGGAAAAAGCAUUAAGGUGGCUUUCGUUUUGAAUACACGCUGGUUUUUGUUUGUAAGUAGGAAAUAUUGAAAAUAAUGUUUACCCCCUCUCUCCACCUCUUUUUUGCUUAUUGUAAAGAAAGAUCAGAUGUAAAUCUGAUUAUUUUUAUGUUUAAAAACAGAGCAUACACAAUGCACAUAAGGGAAGAAAUAAAAAACUAAAAAUGCUAGUGUGUUGUAAGUGCUUAGUGAUAAAUAAAAAUUCACUUUUUAUA